CGUACGGAACAGUUAUAUGACUUGAUAUUUUAAAUUACGUACUUUAUUGAAGAGCACUAAUGUCAGCGUCCAAUCGGGAGGCGGACUGACGUCACACAGCAGGACCAAACAAGCAGCAUCCGGAGCGCGAGCCUCGCAUCUCCGCCUCAGAACGCAGUGAUAGAAGAUAAGAUGGCCACCUCCUCCUCCAAUCUGGAAGAAGAUGAAAGUCUGAAAGGCUGCGAGGUGUUCGUGCAGAAACACAACAUACAGCAGAUCCUCAAAGAGUGCAUCGUCAACCUGUGCAUUGCCAAGCCCGAGCGGCCUAUGAAGUUCCUGCGGGAACACUUUGAGAAGCUGGAGAAGGAAGAAUGCAAGCAGAUCAUGGCCCGUCAGAAGUCCAACUCUCAGUCCGACUCUCAUGAUGAUGAAGUGUCUCCUCCUCCUCCAAACCCGGUGGUGAAGGCCCGGCGCCGGAGAGGUGGGGUCAGCGCCGAGGUCUACACAGAGGAGGAUGCCGUCAGCUACGUCAGAAAGGUCAUUCCAAAGGACUACAAGACAAUGACCGCCCUGGCCAAAGCCAUCUCUAAGAACGUGCUGUUUGCCCACCUGGAUGACAAUGAGAGAAGUGACAUAUUUGAUGCCAUGUUCCCGGUCACACACAUCGCCGGAGAGACAGUAAUCCAGCAAGGUGAUGAAGGAGACAACUUCUAUGUGAUUGAUCAAGGAGAAGUUGACGUGUAUGUAAACGGUGAAUGGGUGACUAGUAUCGGAGAGGGUGGUAGUUUUGGAGAGUUAGCCCUGAUAUACGGAACUCCUCGAGCUGCUACUGUGAAAGCCAAGACUGACCUGAAACUGUGGGGAAUAGACAGAGACAGCUACCGACGCAUCCUCAUGGGAAGCACGUUGAGGAAGAGGAAGAUGUAUGAAGAGUUCCUCAGUAAGGUGUCUAUACUUGAAUCCUUUUCCUCAUUAAAUCUGCAUAUCACUUUCUCUUUCUCUUCCCAGGGUACAGCAUCUGUUCUGCAGCGCAGGUCUGAUAAUGAGGAAUAUGUUGAAGUGGGCCGCCUGGGUCCAUCUGACUACUUCGGUGAGAUAGCGCUGCUACUGAACAGACCCCGUGCGGCCACUGUCGUGGCCAGAGGUCCGCUCAAGUGCGUGAAGCUGGACAGGCCACGUUUCGAGCGUGUCCUCGGGCCCUGCUCUGAGAUCCUCAAGAGGAACAUUCAGAGAUAUAACAGCUUCAUUUCCCUCACAGUCUAACCCAACCAUCUGACACUUGUCUAGACCUCUGUCAGGUUACUUGGGUGCCUGGUUGCAUAAAAUAAUGUGUGAGGUACUAGCUUAACUCUAGUUGAGUUGCUCUGAACAGGGUCGACAGUAGAUAAUAAUAAAAAACAACUUAUUUUAUGCAGCCAAGCAUUCAGUUUUAUUUUUAUUGCAAGAAGCACAAGUGCUCCACCUUUCUGCUUUUUUCCUUUAUGUGAUUUUCUUUUUCUUAUGUGCACUUUGAAUUGACCUAUGCUGUCACGAAGCUUUAUUUCUGCAGAUUAGGUGAGGAAAUGAGGUGCCUAAAUGGACUGAUAUGAAAUAUCUUCAUGUGGCAUGUGUAAAUGUCCUACAAUACAUGAUGCAUGCAGACCAGAGAUGCAUUUUGUACACUUGCCAUUCAGCGUUGAACAG